AAGGGGCGGGGGAGGAAGCUCCGAAAAUGCGGUUGACGGUCGCUGCUGCCAUCUCGCACGGCCGCGUGUUCCGCCGCCUGGGCCUUGGUCCCGAGUCCCGCAUUCACCUGUUGCGGAACUUGCUGACGGGGCUGGUGCGAUACGAGCGCAUCGAGGCAACAUGGGCGCGCGUGGACGAAGUGAGAGGCUACGCCGAGAAGCUUAUCGACUAUGGGAAGCUAGGAGACACCAACGAACGAGCCAUGCGCAUGGCUGACUUUUGGCUCACGGAGAAGGACUUGAUCCCAAAGCUGUUUAAAGUGCUGGCCCCUCGAUACCAAGGUCAGAAUGGAGGCUACACAAGAAUGGUGCAGAUCCCAAAUCGAAGUGAGCAGGAUCGAGCCAAAAUGGCCGUCAUCGAGUACAAAGGGAACUGUCUUCCCCCGCUGCCCCUACCUCGCAGAGACAGCAACCGGACACUCCUAAACCAGCUGCUGCUGGGGCUGCGGAGAGACCUCAGCCAGACGGAGAAAGCCAGCAUCCACAACUCCCACACAACCCAAACUCCAGGAAUUUAAUACCAGAACUGCUGUGUCCUUCAUCAGGGCCCAUGGUCACAGUGUUUGGAGGUCUCUUCUGCUCUAGGAAGAACUGAAGCUGUAGUUGUAAACUAGACAGUGUUACUGGGACCCAGAACCCUCUGGGAAGCUAGAUGGCUCUGCUUUUGCCCAACAGAUCAAAUGGUUCAUAUGAUUGUGUAAAUUUAUUUUUUUUUUUUUUCCCCUCGAAGUUUCUGGUGAAAUGAAGCCUAUGCAGAUGUUCAGUCUGUCUGGAAUAGAAAAUUCAUAGCUCGCUUUUG